AUGGCAGGCUCGAGAAAGAAUAAAAUUAAGAAGUUCGUCUCCCCAUCACAUAACAGCACGCCAGAUCAGGCCCAAACCGAGGAUAAUAAUGCACUCGUGGAUGACCUGUUUGCGGAGCUUGACUCCCGGAAUCAGACUGUACAACAAGAGUCAGCUACCGUGUUGCUGGAGAUGCAACAAAAUCAAGAGAAUGCAGUUGGAGACAAUGCUCGAUCAGUCAAGAAAAAGCAGGAUAGUAGGAGCCGACAUGAAGCACGACAGCAGGCGAAAAAAGCAGCAGCCUUAGCUCAGAAUUAUGCACCUAUUGAUCCAGAGGCUGACGCAAGGCUGGGGAGAGAGGCAAAGGAAGAAGAGAUAUCAAUCAAGGAGACAUGCGACAAGCUUGGGGUCCAGAUGCAUGAGAUACCACCAGAUGGGCAUUGUCUGUUCUCUGCAGUAGCGGACCAGCUAGCUAUCCUUCAUAUACUUCCUCCCAAUCAAGCCAACUACGUCACCGUCCGCGCUGCUGCAUCGAACUUCAUCUACACCCACCCAGAUGACUUUCUACCUUUCCUACCAUCUGCGUUUGGCGAAGAUGGUGUUGGAGCAACAAGUGCAGGCUUCAUGACCCCACAGCAAUUUGAGCAGUACUGCAUGACGAUCAAGGACACCGGUGCUUGGGGUGGAGAACCAGAGAUCCUGGCGCUCAGUCGAGUAUAUAAUGUUCCCAUACAUGUUGUACAAGGCGGUGUCCCCCGGAUCGUUGAGCAUAACCCAGCUCGUAUCAGUUUCCAUAGAAGAAUGUAUGGACUAGGGGAGCACUAUAACUCUCUACGGCCCAAAACUACCAUUUCACAAAUGGCUGGCAAGAUUCAGUCUGCGUUCUCUUGA